CCAUGGUUGUUGCAACUUGCAAAGUUUGAGCCGCUGAAGUUCCUUAUUUUGUCGUCCGCCACUCUAGCUAGUAGCUACGAGCAAGCUAGUGCCAAACAAGCUUGCAAGUGAGGCGUCGGACCAGCUUUGCUUCGAACCGCGCACGUCGGUGAGCAACGCGCACCAUGAGCUCCAACAAAGCAGCACAGGCAAACCCGCGGUCAUUGGGAACCCAUAAGCUUCUCGGAUAGGCUUGGCGCCCCCUUGGUCCACCAUGUUGUCGAUGCCCUCGAGAGCCGCCAAACAGUGGCGGGCUAAGAUUCCUCCAAGAUGUUGUGCAUCCGUGCGCCGGAGGAUCACCUCCGACCAAGGCAAACGUGGUGCUGACAUAGCGGGCAGUUCGUCUAGUCUCCAGCCCCGGGAUUUGGACGAUGUGCUGCAAGAGGUAAAGGCAUUGCAAGCCUUGAUCAAGGAACAACAAGCUUUGACUCGGUCUGUGAGCUCCCAAACUGCGCAAGUGCAAACUCGACUAACAGAAAUCGAGAAUCACAUGAGCAAGAUUUCGGCGCUGAAGGCGUCACUGACGAAAGCCAGGGAUGCCGUGCAAAAGAACCCAGCGCUUCGACCUUUGGUUGAGAACUUGGAAAGACUUGUUAAACAGAGCACUCCUAUCGUCCGGGACUACAAGUACUACAUCCUGGGUAUUGCCGUUGCAAUGGUUGUUGUGUGGGAGAAUCGGUCCAUGUUUUACCAAAGCACCAGCGAGGAGGUCGCGGACUUGGCUCGACGAACACUUGAACAAGAUUCAUUACGCCAAAGUAUUCAGGAGACAAUUCAAACAGUAGCCAACAACCCCUCGACACUUCGCACCCUGAAUGAUCUGGUCCAAAAGCUUGUCACACACGAACAAACGGAAAAAGACUUGGUCAAUUUAGUGGUGCAUGCCGUCAACACACCAGAAGUACAAAAGGCGCUUCUAGAUUUGUUGGCGGUAGUGUUUCAAGAUCCCAGCUUACAGCACUUGGCAGCUGAGUUCUUGCUCAAGGGACUGGAUAUGGAUAGCGUCAAGAAGAUGCUGGAUUCGCAAACACAAGAGUUGGUGAAGGUGACAGUCAAGGAUGAUGCAGUGCAACAAGCUACUGCAAUUGGGAUUCACCGAUCGCUUUUGUAUACCAUCACGCCAUCCUUCCUGUGGCGCUUUAUAGAACAUGACAAACAUGUUUCAGAAGCAAGCACGGAGUCUGUGCCGGAGGUGCCAAAGGAUGGUUCGAGUCAGUAACGAAGGCGUGCACUUGGAGUGUGCAUUGAUGGAAUACAUGGUGAGGUCGCCAUUGUUUGACACCGCAAGUCUAUACGAUUUUGUUACAUUGGAUGUUCUA